AGCAAACAGUCCGCUGCGUUCACUAAUCCAACAUGUCUGCGCCCUGAAGGAUGCUGCUAACGGCGUGAAGGUACAGGACAAGUGACAGCUUCCCAGGCCAGUGUGAGUCAAAUCUGAUCAGAGCACACAGAGCUCAAAACCCCUGCAGCGGACACCAAAACAAUCGAGAGAGAUAAAUUACACUACAGUGGAUGGAUUCUCAGUUGACUUGGAGGCAGAUUUAAGGCUUUCGAGACAAACCAGGAUGUCAAAGAUCUCAAAGGCAGCCAAGGCUGUGAAGAAACUGGAUGCCAACAUUGUAAUCCGGGCUAUAGUGAGGUCAGGACAAGCAGCCCCUGGACCCCCACUAGGCCCCAUCCUGGGACAGAGAGGAAUCCCCAUCGGACAGUUCUGCAAGGACUUCAAUGAGCAAACCAAGGAGCUGAAGGAGGGGAUCCCUCUCCCAAUCAAGAUCAAUGUGAAGCCUGACAGGACCUAUGACCUGAAGAUCGGCCAGCCCACAGUGUCUUACUUCCUCAAGCAAGCAGCGGGCAUCGCAAAAGGGGCUGCCAAGACAGGCCACGAGACAGCGGGGAUGGUGUCAGUGAGGGCAGUGUAUGAGAUCGCCCAAGUGAAAGCCAAGGACGAGUGCUUCAAAAUAAGGAACACCUCUCUUGAGAACAUCGUUAAAAGCAUCGUCGGCUCUGCUCGUUCACUGGGCAUCAAGAUUGUCCAUGAUCUCUCAGCCGAUGAGUAUAAACUCUUCUUGGAGCAGAGAGAAGAGAAGUUGAAAGCUGAUGCAUUAGCAGCCGCAGCCGCCCCAGCUUAUGCAGGGAUGGGCAGAAGGAGAUGAAGACCUGCAACCUUCUCUUCCUAUUUGUAUUGACUCUAUGCACAAGCUUUAUUCAUACAGAAACAAUGUUAAGUGUGUGUCAGACCUGAAUAAACAGUCGUUCUCUGUGUCCUUA